CAAAAGAGAGAGAGAGAGAAAAAGAAGGCCGUUUCCCCUUCUCUCCCUCUCCCUCUCCCUCUCCAUCUCCCUGUCUCUGCGCACGCCGCUCGACCUCCAAUCACUGAGUCGAUCGAAGAAUUCGCCGCCCGGAAGAGGUGGAAAAUGAAGAAAAUGGACAGGAGCGGAAGAAGGCAGGAAGAAGGGCAGGUGCACAAGGUGGGAAGAAUAAUGAAGUCGCUGCCUUCACAGACGCAGGUGCCCCCAUCUUUACCUCCGAACAAUCAGGUGUUUUUGAACGGGUGGUGGCUAGUCAAUGCUAAUGGAAAGGGUUUAGCUAUUGGAGGGUUUGCUCAUAGAGACAGUGAAAGAGUAAGCCUUUUUUGCUCUGCACCAAUUGUGAAGAGGCAUGAUAUUACCACCUUUGAGACAGCAGAUGGCACGGCAAUUAUGGUUGGUGGUCUAAUCAACCGGCUACGAACCCUCGAAAAUGGAUUUUCCACGAAGGUGUGCAACAAAUUCUUGCUUGGAUUUCCAUAUGACUGGGCAGAGUAUUCAACUUCCAGCUAUGGUGAAUACUCUAGUGUCCAAGCUGGUUCAGUUAAGGCUGCAGCUUCUGAGAAAACUGACUUCCGGUCAAGGAGCACUACAAAUUACUUUGAGGCAACUUCCCUUGAUGAUGUUACUGUGCCAAAGUUACGUGAUUUAUUUAGUCUGGGCGAUCUUGAUGAUUCUUUCUUGAUGAAGAAAAUAUAUGAUGACGUUGUGGGCAUGUCGGGAAGUGGUGCUGAGCAUGAUGGAGAAUUUCUUCGUUCAUGCAGAAAAAGUAGUCCCAGUACGGCUGCCGAAAGCCAAACUAAUGAAGCUCAAAUCAAUGAAAAGAAAUCAAAGGAGGAUGUGUUGUGCAAACACAAAGAGGACAUCUGGUCUACAAAAAAAAUUGUGAAGAAAGUAAACCAUAAAAGUGGUCGUCAAUUGAGGGCCACUUAUGUUUUUAGACGAAGGGAAGGUGUUUCAACUAGAAGCAUGACUAGAUUUAAGGGGCUUUGAAAUUAGUAAAGGUAUAAACUGGCCCAUGUUUGCGGUUCAGAUGCAUAACCCAUAUCCAGUAUCAUGACACACCAAGUUGUUUGGGGCAUUCACCAUGACACACCAAGUUGUUUGGGGCAUUCACCUCGAUUUUGGAGCUCCCUAUAAAAGAUGGCCAAUGUCAUCUCUUCUGGUUCUGAAGAAAUAGAAGCUCUUCAAACUCCCAUAGCUAAAUCACAUGGGCCUGUUUAUACCUUUACAAAGAGAAAACUGCACAGAUUCAAAUACCUUCUUGAAAUUCCAGCCCAGAAAUGGUACUGAAAACAAGUCAUGUAGCACAAAGGCGAAGAAGGAGGAGGAGGGGAAAGCUUGAGAAGAGUGAGGUAUAGCCUUGGGAGAGGAAAAGAGAUGGAAGCUUGUUGCAAAAGAGAGCGGCCAAAUGUGAAAGAGAAGGGGACCUCAUCGAGUGUCGUUGCAAAGAGGAGAGGGACAAAGCAUGCAACGUCAGCAUUUAUCAUUACUUGUACUCAGUCGAGAAAAUACUGGGUAGAGCUUGUGCUCCAGCGUGGCAAACAAGAAAGUGGUAGGAAGGCGACACGUAUCCUCGUGGGACCCACAAUCUGGAGAGAAAAAGAGGCGCCAUUUUGAAAAAAUUUCAGUAGCAACCGGUGAAAGUGGGAGGUGAGCAGCUGCGGAAGUCGUUGUCGUUGACCUCCGCCUCCUUCGACACCAAUGACCAGCAUUGACCGAGCGCCUCCUCGUCCGGCGGUACUCGAUCUCCGGCACCGCCGCUGCUGCCGCCGCCUCCUCGCUGCCCUCGCAGCUCCCACUAGCCUCCAAGGUCCAGCAGCUCCUGGACAAUGUCCAGCUUGCGAGGUAGGAUUACUUGGAGCUGAGACAAGAGGCUUCCAUUGCGAAGCUCGAUUGAGUCACGCGCUACCUCGGCGUUCUCGCCGACAAGAUGCAGAAACUAGAUCAAGUUGCCCUUGAAGGCGGGCUAGGAUAGCACCGCUCGUCAGUGAGAAGAGGAAGUUGUUCAAUGAGUUGUUGACAUCCAAAGGGAACAUAAAGGUAUUCUGUCGUUCGAGAAUAUUAUUUCAAGAUGAAGGUCCCUCUGCUGUAGAAUUCCCUCAUGAUCUUACUAUCUGUGUCGACACUGGUGAUGAGACUAGUACCAAUCCUAAGAAAGAUUAUGAAUUCGAUAGGGUGUAUGGACCUCAUGUUGGACAGGGUGAGCUAGAAAUUAAUUUGUUACAUAACAGGCAGCAUUUGAAAUUUUUUUUGGUAUAUACUAGCUACAUGGCUGGUUUGCGUGGAGGUUUGUUAUCUUAUGGUAGGACUGCUGCAUGUGCAGCUGAUAUAUUUAAUAUUUAAUGAUGUUCAACCGUUGGUUCAA